ACAAAAAUAGAGGAUUCGAAUGGAACCGCUCCUACUGUUUCUUCGCCCUCCACGCUAAAGGCUUUGCUCGAGUACCCCACACCAUCUUGCUUGCUGCUCCUGCUCUUGAAGAGGGGGAGAAAUUUCAGCGCCUGUUCCCAGGCGAAGCGAAGAGGUUUAUCUAGACAUGCCCAAUUCAAAAUCGAGUCCGAGUGAUGGGGGCAACAAGACUGCAAAACGAAGUCUUCCUUCCUGGAUAACUUCCAAACACAAAGGGAGUUCCCAGAAUGGCAAGAAUGCAGCUGGUUCAGGUGAAGAUGAAGACACUGGAGAAAAUGGGAGGCCUGAACAAGCCAAAGGGCUUGAUGGAGAACACGCGAGCAGCACACUGGCCAAGAAAUCUGAGAGCAGCGGGAAGCCUUCUUCAUCGAGCUUGGAUACCUUGCAACUUUCCGAACUUCUGGAGGGCGUGGUUUUUGUCUUAUCGGGUUUCGUCAACCCAGAGCGCAGUACGUUGCGAUCCCAGGCCCUUGAAAUGGGAGCAGAAUAUCAGCCUGACUGGAACUCUGAUUGCACACUACUAAUUUGUGCUUUUCAAAACACUCCAAAGUUUCGACAAGUCGAGGCAAACAAUGGAACAAUUGUUGCAAAGGAGUGGAUAACAGAGUGCUACACCCAGAGAAAACUAGUUGACAUCGAAAGUUAUCUAAUGCAUGCUGGAAAACCAUGGAGAAGGAGGAGUAUUUCAGAUAAAUCAGGCAGAGAUUCAGAGGUUUCACCAAGUAGAGGUUAUCCUAAGCAUGCUGAGAAAAGAUCACAGUCGAGACAGUCAACUGCUGCAUCCUCCAAGAAGAAGGCAAAUUCUAAUGUUGCUGAGGACUUAUUUAAUCUUUCAAAAGUGAAGAGCUGGGCUAUUAUUGAUCUGAAUAGAACGACUACAUGGCUGGAAAGUCAAGAAGAAAAGCCUCCAGCAGAUGAGAUAAAGAAAAUAGCGGCCGAAGGGAUAUUAACUUGCUUGCAAGAUGCAAUUGAUGCCCUUGAGCAAAAUCAGGAUGUCCAAAGAAUUAGUGAACAGUGGAACAUCGUACCUCGUGUAAUGGAGGAGCUAAUUAAGCUCGAGGGGUCUGGAAAUACUGCUACUACGAUCUCACAUGCAGAUCUCCACAGAAAGGCCGUGGAUUGUAAACAAAUUUAUGAAGCAGAAUACAGUCUUUUGGAAUCUGAUGCUUCGAUGAAGCAAAAGAAGCCUAGAACUGAUGAUAGGAAAAUUAAAGGGAAAAAGGAAGCUGUCUCUGCUGAUGCAGCGGCUGGAUACGACAGCGACGAGACCAUGGAAAUGACCGAAGAGGAAAUAGAACUCGCAUACAACACCGUGGCUGCUAAAGUUCCAGAAUUUUGAGUAUUAACUGGAUCUGGUCUGUUUUAAUGGAGUGUAGAUUUUGGGACGAGUAGCUAGCUACAUCAGUACUUUGCGGCAAGUUUCACCUUAUUCUCGGUUUACUAGCAUCUGUCUGCUUCCUACCCGAAUGGUAAAUUUCUGUUGAAGGUGUUCGCAGUUUCGACAAGUGAAGUGUCGUAGAGCAUAGGGACCUUAAGAAGCCUCUUUGCAUGCUGAACUGGCAUGAUGCAACAUAAGUGAAUUGAUAUUAGGAUUCAAUCGGAAUAAUUGCCGAUUCGAACUCUAUUGUUAGCUUCAACCUUAUUGAAGAUGGCCUAUAGAUCGGAGCGACGUACGUAUGAA